UAAAUGUUCGUGAUCACAUUGCAGCAGCGCCACUGUCAAGACCGAGCUAGUGUAAUGACAGGUUUGGUGGUCGGCAGACGUCAUUCGCGUGGAGUUUAAUGUAGCUGGCUGUGCUCUACUGAGGUGCCUUCAAUGCUAACAGCUGUUUAGGGGAAGCGCGUUGCGUGUGAGCUCCUUCAGCUCAGCUGCUGCAAACAUGGCCGCAGUUAGGGGCACGAGGAAGGCUUUAGCAGCUCUGGUGGUCAUGUUUGUGAUGUGCACCGCUGCAGCUAGCGCCCAAACCGAUUGCAGCACGCAGUUCAAUGACUUGGCUUCGUGUUUCGAUUUCGUGAACAGCAACAUUACCACUGCGCCUUCAGCGCCGUGCUGCUCUGCUUUCAAAACAACUCAGGCUCAGUUUCCCGUUUGCCUUUGCCAGCUGCAACAAGCAUUCAAUGAUCCCGCCACCGCCCCCGGGAACGUCACGCGAGCAAACCAGAUUCCUGCUCUGUGUGCUGUUGCAGUGGACCCUAGCAGGUGCCCCGGUCUCCUCGGGCUAGCUCCCGUAGUGGCUCCUGUGGUAGCCCCUGUGGUGGCUCCAGUGGUAGCGCCGGUCGCUGCAACUCCGACAGCUACUCCAACAAUUGCACCCACAACUCCAGCUCCCGCUUCAACUCCAGUGACGGCCCCUGCGGCAGCAGGACCCACAGGCAUGAACGUCGACUGUUCGAAUGAGUUCAACGAGCUUGCAUCGUGCUUCGCGUACGUCACGUCAAAUGACACUAAACCAAGUACCGACUGCUGCUCGUCUCUUCUCCAAGUGCACCUGAACAGGCCCGUGUGUCUUUGCCAAAUCCUGAACGAGGUGAAUAGCGGAGACCCGUCUACUGCCGGAAUCAAUGUUACCAAAGGUCUCGGCCUCCCCGCCGCAUGCAACGUCAACGCGGACGUGAACUCCUGCCCAGCACUUCUGGGGCAACCCAUGUCUUCGCCACUUCCAGAAUCUCCGACGACUUCGCCUUCUCCAACAUCUGGCGCAGGUGAACCUUCAGUUGUUGGCGGCGGCGGAGCUCCAGACUCCUCCAACGCUGGCGCUGAACCGAGCAGCGCCACUGCCCUUCACGCUGGAACCAGUUUUUCGAUGCUUCUAAGUGUGUUUUACGCCGCUUUGCUCCACUUCAUGUCGUAAUUCUUUCGUAGCUCCUCCCCCAAGCAUGUCACUUAAUGUCGACUGAGUGUUUCAGGUCAAUCCCGUUCAUUCGAUGAGUCGGUAACAUGUUCACCGCAGUGGGAGUUCUAGCAAGCUGCAAUGGCACUGUAUGUGAGUCACGUUAACCCGCUACAUCGAGCAUUGUUAUGCCCGAUGGGUAGAUUGUAGGCAGAGUUUUGGUUUUUGCACUAGCCAGCAUUAUUUGCGAUUGCGUCGCGGUACUCGACAGAGGCACGAAGCUGUUCUCUGGUUUCAGAUUCUUAUCCUGCGUAGAAGGCAGGGAUUUCGAUGUACUUUAGCUCCUUUGAGGUGACUAGGAAUACAAGCUAAGUGGCUGUGGCGUGUAGCACUUCAUUUGUCGUACAUUCGCAAGCCUCUUUGUUUGAUGCA